AAUCCUGCAAAUAGUUUUUUUUAUAUUUGUGUCCGGAAUCAGUAAUUAUUUAAGAAAAAUCUUGAAGGAACAACUGGUGAGCACUGACCCGUGACCACCGUUGUCAGCAAACAUGUGUUUACUGACCGAAGGACGUAAUCACUUCCCUAAUAAAUCGGUGUAGACAGAUCUCUGAAAUUCACCAUCGAUCUCUUCCUUCAAUUCUUUCAUGUUUCCAAAUCCAUGUCUUCACUCAAUAUUUCCUUUUUUGUUGAUGGUUUGAACCUAGAUCCCGAUUUCGUGUUUGAUCCAGAUCAAGAUCUGUUUUAUCACCACGUUUUCAGAGAUGACGAUCAGACGGCUGGUUUUGAUGGAUUUGUUGUCAUAAAUUACAGGAAUGAAAGUGGGGUUAUGAAGGAUAUUAUUGAAAAUGUUACACAUUUGCUAGACAAGACAGACUUGUUUAUUGUUGAUAAUCGGGUGGGAGUCGAAUCUCGAGUGCAAGAUAUGAUUCAACUUCUAGAAAUUCAACAAACAAAUGACGUUCUGCUACUAGUAAUGUGGGGGAUGGAUGGAAUUGGUAAAACAUUUAAUCAUUGCAAAAACCAUUUUUAAUAAAAUUGGCCGCAAUUUUGAAGGUAGGAGUUUCCUCGCAAAUAUUUGGGAGGUUUCGGAGCAAGUAGUUUGCAAGUUGUGCAUGACGAUGUGAAUAAAUUGGACCAACUAAAUGCUUUGUGUGGAAGUUGUGAAUGGUUUGCUUGAGGGAGUAGAAUAAUCAUCACAACAAGAGAUAAACAUAUACUUGUUGAAGUUGAAGUUGAUAAAUAUAAAUAAUGAUGGAUGGAAGGGAAUCACAACAGGAGAUAAAUAUAUACUUAGAGGGGUUUGCUCCGGGGAGUAGAAUAAUCAUCACAACAAGAGGUAAACAUAUACUUAGAGGGGUUCAAGUUGAUAAAUAUACAUAAUGAUGCAUGAAAGGGAAUCUCUUGAGCUUUUUAGUUGGCAUGCAUUCCGGUAGACGCGUCCUAGAUAAAUUUUUUUUUAAAAUUUCCAAAAAUAUAGUUAAGCAUUCGAUCCUAUUUGUUUGAUAGGGAUAUAUCAUAGUGGAUUUGUGUAUUGGAGAAACUCAAUGUAAAGAUUAGAGAGAGUUCAUAACUAACUCUUUUACAAAGUAUAGAAUUCUGUUAUUUCUGUUUUGCA